GUAGAGGAGGAGGAUGAUAAUGAAUCACGAGAGGAAGAAGAGAAGGAAGAACUGAAAAGCUAUUCAAGAAGAAAGAUUUUUUCCAACUGGAGCCGUUAUGAGGAUACAGAAAAAGAGGGACAGAGUGAACAUGGGGGAUCACAGAGAGGAACAGACUUCAGUGUUUUGCUUAGCUCAGCAGGUGAUUCCUUUACACAGUUCCGAUUUGCUGACGAGAAAGAAUGGGAUAGAGAAAGCGUAUGUCAUAAGCAGUUAUCUGCACUUUCUGUGGACUGCCAGUCUCUGGUGCAGGCCCUUCAGGAAUUGCCCCUACAUCUGAGGUUGAACGUAGCUGCUGAACUUGUGCAGGCAUCAACACCUGUAGAGCUCCCACAGAUGAAAUCUAAAAUUAUUGAAGACAGCAAGAGGAGAGAGCUUCAGUUCCGACAGCCUGUGGCUCAAAGUGAAACAGCGUUGGUCUCCCAUCCUGUUGGUGAUUCCAUUGCUCUGUCAGAGCCUGGAAGUAAACGUGGUCCUAGGGCAAGUGCAGCAGAACCAUUUCAGAGAGCCCUUCCACUGUCAAAGGAAGAGACUGACCAUUUGGAUGAAGAACUAGAUCUUCUCCUAAAUCUAGAUACUCCCAUUGGUACAGAAAACAGACCUGUGUCAGCCGCAUUAUCCUACAGCGUAUCAACCGAGAAAGAUUUGAAAAUGGAUUGUAAGGAAAAUGACCCUUUAAAACCAGAUAUGCCUGAAGAGAAGAGUACAGCGUCACAGCAACAGCAAAGUACAUCUAAAAAUCUUACUGAGGAAGAUCUUGAAGAGUGGCUGGACAGCAUGAUUUCCUGA